UUCGUUAAUCAUAGUUCAAUUCCCAAAGCUGUUAAAUACUGGAAUCUUUUGUUAUCAAAACAAUUUCUGUAUCAAGAUGUCUGGACGUGGUAAAGGAAAAGUGAAGGCUAAGGCAAAAUCGCGAUCGAGCAGAGCAGGACUGCAGUUCCCUGUAGGUCGUAUUCACCGUCUGCUGAGGAAAGGCAACUAUGCUCAGCGAGUUGGUGCUGGUGCCCCAGUUUACAUGGCAGCUGUCCUUGAAUAUCUGUCUGCCGAAAUCCUUGAGUUAGCUGGUAACGCUGCCCGUGACAACAAGAAAUCGAGAAUUAUUCCUCGUCAUUUGCAAUUGGCCGUACGCAAUGACGAAGAACUAAACAAACUACUCUCCGGCGUGACGAUUGCUCAAGGCGGUGUCUUACCCAACAUCCAAGCUGUUCUCUUGCCCAAAAAGUCUGGCAGUGCUGGUGGUGGAGCUCCUCCUAAGAAAGGGUCACAGAGCCAAGAAUAUUAGAUAAAGACUUGCUUUUUAGCAAACAAAAACCGGCUCUUUUAAGAGCCAACAAAUUUAUAAAAGAAUACAAACGAAUUCGUACUUUUGAUCUCAAUGGCAAAUCCCCAUUCCAGUUCCAAAACUGGCAGGAAACACCCUCCUGUUGUAGACUAGUCUGGUUGGUUGUGAUUUCCUAACUACUGGCCCAUAAAGACUAGGUAGGAUAUUUGUAUGUUUCUCAAAAUAAACACCCAAAAUGUCUAUUUUCAGUACUGGAAGUGAGUACUUAAAUUGCUAGUAUUUGUGACUUUGAUACCGGUCAGUCAGCAGGAAAACAAAAUAAUAUUUAGAGUUAUUUUAAUGUUUUAUAUGAGCCUCUUAAACCAAGAAAUGAAAUUAAACAAGGUGUUUAAAAAAGGGUGCAAGUAUUGAAUGAUACCACGUCAGUAAUUGAUCUGUGGUAUUGCUGUUAUUGAAUACUGAGUACUUGGUAUUGCCCCAUACUAAACAGCAUCAAAAGAAUGUAAGUCUGAAGGAUGAGUGAGUCUCAUAAAAAAAAGGAAAAAAAAAAAAGAACUUAUCCAAAUAUCAUGAGAAACCAUCUUAUUACUAGUGACGGGCAAUACCACCAGUAUUGAUUCGAUACUGAUACUGGUUACUUUUUUGUAAAGUAUCAAGGUAUCAAUUACCCAAACGAUUACUACGAUGACGAUUGUAUUUCAGAAUUUUCCACCAUUAUAAGUUAUUUCCCGCCUUUUUUUAUAAUUUAUUUCGUUGACGAGGUCAGGAAUGUUAAUCAGGGAAGUGGAUAGAAUGUCAAAUAAAGUAAAGGAAGUUUGAUUAAAUUGGUAAAUGCAGCAAAAUACAAAACGUACAUAAAUGUUAUUAGAAAUAGCUAGGAAAACAAUGACACAACUACAGAAUUGUAAUGAAUGUCCAAUUUUAAAAGUAAUCGAAACACUUCAAUACCGUGCAAUAUCGACUACCGAUUUGGGCCUGGUAUCGGGUGGUAUUGAUACCAAGUAAUCUGUAAUCGUGUGGUCCGGAAAUUUUUUUGGCCCCACCUGGGUAUUUGCUGGCCCCCCCUGACCAAAAAUCCUGGCUAUGCCUCUGGUGUCCUUAGCUUAAGCUAAGCCGUUAUGCACUAAUGUUUUCCUCAACAGAUACCCAUGUGUGAUGUGUCUGGCAUGACUGCACUAGCACAUUAUUACGCUUUCCUUCGAACUUUUAGUUCUCGCCCACAAUGAAGAAUUUUGUUACAAAUAAAUUAUGCAAACCAACUAUAAAUACUGACAAACACUUUUAGGAUCUUGGUUUUAGAAGAAGCUUCACGAUUUUCCGAGCUUAUAGCGAUAAAGUAAACUAUGUUUUUGAGGGGGCCAAAUUUCCGAAGGGGGGGCAUAUUGCCCCCAGGGGGGCCAAAUUUCCUAGGAAAUUUGGCCCGGGGGGGCCAAAUCUCCUGGGACACCGGUGUGGAGUAGACAAAAUGCACCAAUUCCCAAGGUCAUAAUGAAACAGUCAUUUGAACCUCCCUGACCCUUUCACCUGGGAACAAUCGCUUCUCAAAGUUUUUUUCAUUCCCCAGCAGCUAGUGUGGUCUUUAUAACACUUGAAAGAGCUGUGCUAGCUAGAUAGAUGGACAGGAAAUGCACAUGCUUUCAGUUUAUAGUCAUUUUAAUCUUUCCAAUGCAAUCAAGAAAACAUUUGGGGGGGGGGGUGAAUAGGGGUAUACAAAUCCACCCAAAUUUGAAGCAAAAUCUGAGCCAAAUAUUAGAUCCACAAUCCGAGCCAAAAUAUUAGAUAAAUCCGCAAUCCGCUGUAUUAAUGAGAUCCGCAAAUCCGUGUAAAAUAUUUGCCAGAUCCGAACAAUUUUUUUUCUGAAAUCCAGGUCUAAGGCCAGAGGUCCGUCCACCCGUCUUUUGGACGGGCAUUUUUGAAAGUGGACAGGCAAAAAUAUUUUGAAACAAAUUAACUCAAACAAGUAAUUAUUUUGUCUUUGUUUCACUUUCAUUGCUAUAUCGUACAGACCUUAAAAUUUGCUAAGAUAUUUAAUCGGUGCACACACAUCUAGGGCAAAACCGCAAAAUGUGGUUUCUAUGGUUUUGCGAAAUAUUUCGUAUGAUAGAACUAAAAUUUGGUGAUUAUUGCAGAAUUUGCAGCGAGAUUGCAGUAAGCGUCGAAAGAAUAAAAUUGGAAUUGCCC